AUAAGCUGCUAGUUCCAAUCCCUUGUUCCACCGCAGCGAGUCUAUCUCAAGGUCUUAAAAUUCGAGAGAUGGUUCUUCUUUCUGUUCCCUUGUUGUCCACCGUGCUGCUGUUUUCUCGUCUUCUCGUGCUGGCGCUCUGAGCAGCGCCUUCAAAAGUUCUCCAAGAUGCGCUUCCUCGACGCUAUUCUUGGCUCUGUCGCUCUGGCGGGACUGUUUCCUGAUGCCAUCGCAACGCCACUGGACUCUCUGGCCUUGAAUGCUGCUGUUGAGGUAGCUCGUCGCGCGCUCCCCAAUGCGCCUAAUGGGUAUACUCCUACCAAUGUCUCGUGUCCAGCGAACCGCCCGACGGUGCGCAGCGCAGCGACCUUGUCCCCGAAUGAGACUUCAUGGCUGGAGAAGCGAAGGAACAACACCGUCCAGCCGAUGAAGGAUUUCUUCGGUCAUGUCACCGUUGCGAACUUUGACGCCGCUGCUUACAUCGACAAAGUCGCGAACAAUGUGUCAGCACUGCCCAAUAUUGCCGUUGCGGUGUCCGGCGGUGGCUACCGCGCGCUGAUGAACGGCGCCGGUGCAAUCAAGGCCUUUGAUAGUCGGACGGAGAAUGCAACGGCGUCUGGUCAUUUGGGAGGACUAUUGCAGUCGGCAACCUACGUGGCUGGUCUCAGUGGAGGCAGCUGGCUGGUAGGUUCGAUCUAUGUCAACAAUUUCACGACCAUCUCAGCGCUGCAGACGACAGUAAAGGGUUCAUCAGUUUGGGAGUUUGGCAACUCGAUCUUCGAGGGCCCGGAUGAUGGAGGCCUCCAGAUUCUGGAUACGGCCGAUUAUUUCAAACAAAUUCGCGAUAUGGUUGCCGGUAAGGCUGACGCUGGUUUCCCGACGUCCAUAACGGAUUACUGGGGACGUGCUUUGUCCUAUCAGUUGAUCAACGCUACCGAUGGAGGCCCGAACUACACCUGGUCGUCCAUCGCGUUGACCCAGGAUUUCCAGCAGGGCAACAUGCCAAUGCCACUCGUCGUGUCGGAUGGCAGAAACCCAGGUGAGCUGCUGGUUGGAAGUAACUCCACCGUUUUCGAAUUUAACCCAUGGGAGUUUGGAUCAUUUGACCCAACGCUCUAUGGCUUUGCGCCGCUCGAGUACCUGGGGACGAAGUUCGUGGACGGAGAAGUGCCGAGCAACGAGAGCUGCGUGCGAGGCUUUGACAAUGCUGGCUAUGUCAUGGGCACCUCGUCUACCCUUUUCAACCAAUUUCUUCUGCAGAUCAACUCCACCGGUCUUCCCAGCUUUCUGAAGGAUAUCUUCACGAAGAUACUGGAGGAUAUUGGCCAAGACAACGAAGAUAUCGCCGAGUACGAGCCCAACCCUUUCUACGGAUUAGGAAACCGCACGUCCCCCUUUGCCACCCAGCAGUCUUUGAACAUGGUCGACGGUGGUGAAGAUCUGCAGAACAUCCCACUCCACCCCUUGAUCCAGCCGGAGCGACAUGUCGAUGUCAUCUUUGCCGUCGAUUCCUCCGCCGAUACGGACUAUUCCUGGCCCAAUGGAACCUCUCUGGUGGCUACCUACGAGCGAAGCCUGAAUCGCACCGGUAUCGCGAACGGUACUGCUUUCCCGGCCAUCCCGGACCAGAACACUUUUGUGAAUCUGGGGUUGAAUACACGGCCCACUUUCUUCGGUUGUAACAGCUCGAACAUUACUGGCACUGCGCCGCUGAUCGUCUAUAUCCCCAACUAUCCUUACAUGGCCUUCUCGAACGUUUCCACUUUCGACCCGAGCUACAACAACACGCAGCGAGAUGCGAUCAUCCUGAACGGCUACAAUGUUGCAACCAUGGGUAAUGCUACUCGGGAUUCGGACUGGCCUUCCUGUGUCGCGUGCGCCAUCCUGAGCCGAUCGUUGGAACGCACCAACACUGCCGUGCCAGAUACCUGCAACCAGUGCUUCUCGAGGUACUGCUGGAACGGAACCGUCAACAGCACGACCCCAUCUAACUUUGACCCGACCCCUGAUUUGACCGUUCAGAGCUUGAGCGAUGCAGCCGUUGGCAACGUUCGUCCUAGUCUCAUGUUGAUGGCAGCCUUUGCAGUCGGUGCUGUCUUCCUGGCAGUGUAACUGGUCUGAACAAGCCUACAGGCCAAUUUCUCCUUCUUCAGCUUAUAGUGGGCCGGCCGUAUUAGCUCAGUCAUCUUUUCCACUUACUUUUUUAUUUCCUUUCUGCCCGCGGUUUUUUUGCUUAGGUCGGGCCCGUUAUGUGUAAAAUGGUAUGGUUUCCGUACAUAAUUUGAAUUUUAGAAGGCUAUCCAGUGCAAUUAUCUUCACUAUACAGUAAAUAAGUAGUAACUAGUUACUGCCUGAAGGCUAACUGAUAGUACUGGAGUCAUAAUGAUAAAGGUAC